AUGUCGCUUGCCGACAUCCCCGGCAGCAAUUUCAGCCUCGCUGAUGGUUCCGUCGAUGCCAGAUUCUCGGAGCGUACUGCAGUCGCCUGCCUCAUCGCCAUUGCUUGGUACAAUGCCUUGGAAUUGAUCGUUCUCUGCUUCACCACUUUUAAGAGAUAUGGCGGGUGCUACUUCUGGUGUCUCCUCAUCGCCUCCUUCAGUAUCAUUCCGUUUGGUCUCGGAUAUCUCCUGAUCAUCUUCAACAUCUAUAACAACAUAUUCCCCGUGGCGAUGGAGCUGGUUGCUUGGGUCGGGAUGGUGACAGGUCAGUCGCUGGUCCUCUGGUCUCGAUUGCAUCUUGUCUGCCACAGCCCAGCGGUCCUCCGCGCCACUCUCGCUAUGAUCAUCGUCAAUGCAAUAAUUCUACACAUCCCGGGCUCCGUCCUCGAGCUCGGCAGCCAUUCAAACAAAUCAUCGCUCUUCACCCACGGGUUCAACAUCUUCGAGCGCAUCCAAUUGGUCGGAUUCUCCAUCCAAGAAUGUAUCCUUUCCAUCAUCUAUUCCUGGGAAGCUGUGCGACUGCUGAAUCUCCGCCCAAGAGGCCACUACCGAGGCACCUUGGUCCAACUCUUGAUUGUGAACGUAGUCAUGAUCGUGAUGGACGCAGCCAUUAUCGGGGUGCAGUACUCGGGUCUCUUCGAUAUUCAUGUCACUCUCAAGGCAAUGGUCUACAGCGUCAAGCUCAAGCUGGAAUAUGCGAUCCUGGGAAAAUUGGUGCACAUCACCGAGGUGAGUGGCAGCAGCUCGGCCCCGACCGACCUGUCGGAUUUUGUGGAUCUUUCGAUACAUCAGGCCCGCGCUACACAGCCGGACAGCGACAUGUUCACGGAUAAUCCAGAGUACAGCCCGCAGACUCGUCGCAAGCGAAUGUCCUCCAAGCACUCGUCCGCCGACCCGCUCAGACGGAGUCUCUCCGCUGCCCCGAGUCCGAGUUCGAGCUCGGACUCAUAA